AAAAGCGGGGGAAUAUAUAGGUGGACGUGUCAGUGCAUUGUUUAAGUUGAUUAUCUGCCCUCUUCACUCCCUCACCCACCCUAAACCGUUUUUUUCUGCUGCUUCCCGUCCUCUUUCUCCCUGCAACAAGAAAACGAGGGGAUGGAAGGCGUUUCGGUGAGCGUCUUGAAGGGAUUGAAGGAGUACUGGAAGAGGAGAGGAUACCAGAGAUUAAAUGGGUCGGGUCGGAGGAGGAGGAGGACUUGCAGGGUGAAGCUCGGGAGCGGCCGGAGGAGGCGCUUCUGGAGGAUCAAAAUGGCCCCCAGGAUCCGAUUCACGAGGAUCCCGUCGCCCAAGAAGAUGCUGCUGUGGCUGAGGGACGCCUACGUGAGAAUGAUGAUGAGAGUGGCCAACUCGCGAGCCAUGAGCUUCAACAUGGGCUGCCCGGUGGUGGGCUUCGGCGGAGGAACGCCCGCCUUGGGCUUCGGGAGGGGACCUCUGAAGGAGUACGACGAGAAGAUGAUCAUUCAGAUGUACAAGUCGUUGAUGCUGAGGCAGGCUCACUUGGUGCCUGGCGACGCCCCCAGAAUCUCCUCUGUUCUCGCCGCCUGCUCUCCCAAAAGUUGAAACAUCUUCACUGCUUUCAGCUUUCGAGCUAUAUAUGACGCCGCCGCCUCCUCGGAUCUUGUGUGGCCUCAGAACUCAGAAACUGACUUCCUUUAUUUGCCUUUUGUACGAUCGAUGCGUCUGGCCCCUUUUCUUUCUCUUUUAAAUUUAGCUGCAAUACCGAAAUUCUUCAGCUCCCUCACUCGCUCAAUCACUGUUGAUGCCUCGACCUCAAACUUUAGGAACAAAUCGAAUGUUGAUCUCGUGCUUGCCGUACAUUCUUCUUCAAGAUUUGUAAAUAACCUCCCUUCCCCUUCCCCCUUUGUAAUUUCAUUCUAGUUUAACGGGAGUCUUGUCUCUUCUGCUCCUAACGCAGUAAUAUGAGUUCCGCUAGUCACCAUUUGAAUCACGCACGCCUUGAAAAACGAUAUCUUUGGUCCCUUUAAUCCAAUACUUUGCCGCAGUUUCUGUCUGCGACAUUUUGGAUUUUUCUUCUUUCUUCCUUUCUGUAUUGUCCUUCGUCCGUUAUUUUCUCUCAUUUUUCUCUUCGCAUGAAGCCCACAACAGAGCAAAGAGAGCCCCUUUUUUCCUGGUGCCUCCAGUGUUGGACUUCAAAGUUUCAGUUAAUCGAGUUUUGCUUGAGGAUUAUAGCGGGGAUUAGUUUGAUGGUGAUGAACAGAUUGAAGAGAUCUGAUCCCUUCAAAGUCCCAUUUGGUGAUUUAAGGUGAUCUUCGUUAUGGACAUCAACGGCGUGGUUGAUGAAAUCACGAGAUCUGAGCAUCUUGGAACUAAAUUGUUAAGGAAUAAGGACGACGACAAAACAUGUUGAAGCCAACGCAUGAAGCGACUAAUUGCUAAAUAAUUAGCAGUCACCGGGUUAGUAUGUUGGCAACUUAUCUUUUUUUUUUUCCUCUUUAAUUUUGGUGAGACAAAUUGUUGCUCACUUAGCUAGCUUUGCUGCUACUUGCGUGACAUGGCCUGUAAUAUUGCUAUUCUUUCCGUAAUAUUAUGGUUGGCUAAAAUAAUCUGAAGGCCAUGAUUUAUGAA